UCAGGAUCUCGCUUCUGUACAGCUGCAGUUUUCCCGAGCAGUUUUUCUCCAUCUCUUUGCAGUGCGUUGUGCUAUACGUAUGGAUGCUUGACCCCUCCUGGCAUAGCCCACGCCGUUCCUGCGUGAUUCCUUGGGUGUGUGGCUGUGUCCCAGAGCGGGGCACUGUGCUGCAGCCAGCCUGGGUUCCUGCCCUGCUCCCUGACAGUGCAGCGCUGCGAGCCCCCUGCUCGUGUUCCCGUGCGGAGCUUGGUCCCGCUCUGGUGGCAGCAGCGUGUCCUGGCCCAAGUGUCCCCAUGGGAUGGGGAGUGACAGCGAAAGCCCCGGGCUGUGCUGGAGUCCCCGGGAAGAGGGAAUGGGUGGGAGGAAGGCGCCAUGGGGUGGGGUUUUGUCCUUCACCGCAGCAAAGCCAGCCUCAGCCCGGUAUCCCCGAUGUCUGCUGGGUGAGGAAGGGAUGCAAAAUGGGAGAAAUGAAAAAAUAAAAUGACCGACGAGCUCAGAGGAGGUUGGCCUAGGGAAAAACAGAUGCGAAUGGGAUGGGAAAUCCCAGCGUUUCUGAGAGACUGGAAAAACACAGAGUGAAACCAAGCACACAUCCCAAAGCGCCUGGGGACGCUGAGCAACCGCAAACACAACAUCCUUGUGGCCAUCAGGACGUUGUAGAGAUGAAGGCCAUACGAGUACACAGGUGGAUGCAUGGGUGAAAUGGCUGCAACGAGUGGAAGAGGCACUGCUGGCACCUCUACUCAGAGAUGGCACAACCACGAGGGGCACAUCUCCACCUUCCUUGUGUCCCAGCCUGCAGCAUGGUACUGAACACGUGCAAGAGGUGAAGAAGCUUCCAGCAAAUGAACAAGGACGACAGCUGCUUGCUCUUUGAAUGUGAUGACGGAGGAGAAGUUUGGGAGUGUAUUGUGAAUUCCUGAAGUGCUGGGGCGUAAUGGCUGAAGUGAGGGCCUUUUACAUUUUGCAUUACAGGGGCUGGGCUUAUAAUGUUUAACAUACAGAGAAAGGCAAAGGCAAGGAGCUGACACCUCCCUUGAAACAAGAAUCUCGAUGAUGGUAAUCCUGAAGAAUUCCUGUUAUUGUUAUUGCUUUGGUUGGUGGGGUGGCAUAGCAUAAAUGCCAGGAACAGGGAAUGCAGCCUCAUUUGUCAAGGACUGUAUGAAUCACAGGGUUGGAAGAUUGCAUUCUGAGAGGUGGAGAAGGAGGAUGGAGGGAUGGGGACAGCAGUGGCACUGGUGCAGAAAUGCCCCCUGAGCACAGCAACUGUCCCCAGCUGGUGACAGCUGUGGCCUGUGUCAAAUAAAGCAUCUUGUUAGAAACAGGUGACAAUGAUUUCUGGCUGCCACAGGUGCAGCUGGGUCCUGCUGAGUGUCCCUCCAGGCCCAGUGCGGGUGCAGGUGGUGACUCCCAGACAGAUCCACUGCCCUUCUCACACAGGAAGGCCAGUGGGUUUUAUGGAAAUGCUGCAUUAUGAUUACUUUUCACAGAUAAAGCAUUCACCAGAGCUCUUAAUUCUGUGUUAUCAUGAGGAGUUUGGGCAGCAAAAUGCUUUUUAGAGCACUCCAUUGCUAGGAGUUCAGAGAUGGGAGUAAACCUCAAUUUCUAAGCAGUUGCACUUCUUAGAUGUUUAAUCAUGCCGGAAAAUGGCAGUCUCAAGAGAGCAGGGGUGGUUGGGGCAGGUGUUGCAUUAAGGGUUCUGCUGUAAGGCUUUUGGGAACCUGGGUGCCCAAAUCUGAAGCAAUUGGAGGUGGGGAAUGGAUUCAGCUAUGCUGAAGAAGGGCUUCAGCUGGGGUCCUUACAUAGUCCUGCUCUGUGCUCCCUGCGAGUGCUGCCCUGCUCUCAGCAUCCUCCUCCUUUCUCAUAGAGCUCAUUUGGGGUGGAUUGCUGCAGUGUUGUCGUGUUGUAGGAUUACAUGCAGCAUGCUCAUUUUGGUUAGUGAGUGUUAGGAGUUACCACCUGGCAGCACUCCUGCAUGAAGGGAAAGGGCAGACUGAGGAGAGCUCAUUGAAAUGCAUGCGGAGCUGUUCUGUCCCAUGUGAAGGAGUUUAAUCCGAGAAAGCCUUCAAGAAUGGCUUAAUGCAGCCUUCCUCAUCGCCCACAAACACUUUGGGGAAAAACAGGGAAGGAGAAGAGCGUUAGAUAAGCUGCUUUAAAGUGAUCUUCAUAAUCCUGAGAAUUAAAAUGUAUCUUAUUAAAUACGUGUUACAGAUGCCAAAUAACCCAAGAAAGGCUGGAAGUGACCCUUCCCACGGGCAAUUCAUGGGAUUUCUGCAGCUGUACCCAAGGGUCACCAAAAUCAGAGUUCUCCCCACUCCCAGGAGAUGCCAGCCCCCACUCCUGCCCACAGCAUUAAAUAUCUGCUUGGAAGUAGAUCCAAAGGCUGUCCUAAUGUUACUCUGCAGCCAUAGACAUGAGGCUUUCUGACCCCUUUGCAGCUCCAGCAUUAAUUACUGUUGAGUGGCCUAAAAGGAAGGAAGAAGGAGAGCGUUUCCUCAUAGCUGAGGGCAAAUAGGAGCAGGGAGUGGCCAGGCAGGGCUGGCUUCAUGCAGGGUUUUCAAUUCUUGCCUGCUUACUGCAAGGUCUUCAGGAAAAAAUGAGAGACAGAAAGUUUAGCAUGUUGGUACCACCUCCAACGUUGCCCUUCCCCAAGGUGCAUGAGCCUGGUGACAGCUGCUGCUGGGGGGAGCCCCUGAGCAGCACGUUCCGCUGCACACGAAGCAGAGUCCUGGCAGGAAUCACCGAGGGAUAUCUCUUAAGAUUUAGAAUACAUUUUGCUGCUCAUUCAUCCUCCAUCCCACACAGCUUUUGGCAGGUUGCUUUAAUCCUUCUGUCUCAAUUUCCUUCAGUGUGAAAGGGGAUGUUGUGGUGUUGCCUCCCAGGAACUGUCUGAAAUUGCUCUCUGGCUGCAGCGUUUUUUGAGGCAGUUCUCACUCCUAGGAGCCUGGCCGCAAGGUGGAUGGCACAGUCGGGUGCGUGGUCACCCCAGUGAGAGGUCAUUGCACCACCUCAUGGCUGGCAGAUGUGGCUCCCUCCUGAUGGAUGCUGGGUGAUGAAUAGGAGCCACCAGCCCCUGGUGGCCUAAUAAAUUCCCAGCUGCUGAAUAAUACAGCGAGGCAAAUUGCUUUACAGAAUCCAGUGCUUAAAGCUAAGUGUUAGAUAACGCCUUACAGGCGGCUGCUUGUCCCUCUGUGCCAGCCCUGCCCAAACAGCACAAGAGGGGAAGAUAAAGCAUCUCCUCAACCCCUACACAGAAUCAUAGAAUCAUAGGAGUUGGAAGGGAGCUUUAAAGGUCAUCUAGUCCAACUGCCCUGCAAUGAACAGGGGCGUGUACAUGGGGUGUGGGGAAAGCAGCAUCCCCAGGGGACCAAGCACUGCUGUGAGUCAGGAUCCCAAAGAUUUGGUCUGUGGUAUUGAUAUGUAGAAAAAAAGUUAAUUUCUCAAAUCAUUCUGCAAAUUCCCUAGAAGAGAGUUGAUGAGGCAAAUCACCCCUUCAGGGACAUUUGUUCCUCAGCCAGCAGAAAAGUCUGUGCUUUUUUAUGAAAUAACUGCCUUUGGCUUCAGACCUUAUGUGAAUGGGGCAGAUGUGGAAGGGGGUGGUGUUUUGAACACCCACCCACCUCAGGGAACGGGCUGGUUCCCAGCCUCAUCUCCUACAGGGAGACCAGAGCGGGUCUGGCAGAGCCAUCCCCAGGAAGUGAAGCAGCGAUGUGUGUGCUUGUGGUCAGUGAGCACAGAGAGGCAGCUUAAUAGCUGCAGGGGAGGAAAGGCAUAUCCUGGGAAGGGCAGUGUGCUGGAGACAGAGGGAUAGCUCUGAGUGUGCUUUGUGGGAAUCUGAACCAUGCAGUUCCCUGGUAACCCAUUUGUAUUGGCAUGUUUGCUACCCAAGUUUGAGUGAGCUGAUAUCUUCAGGUCCUUUCAGGACAGGGUGCCCAUGUGGCUACUCUGCCCCUAGAUACAAGAGGCCUGCCCUUACCUGUCUUUUCUCAUCCAAAUCUGAGCCAGCAGAGACUCUGCCCUCUGCCAAGUAGCAUUUGCCCUCUACUCCUGGUCCCUGCUGAGACCUCUCUGCCCUUCUCUCCUCCACCUCUUGCAGCCAAGCAGGCAGCUCAGCCCUCCCACAUCCUCCAUUGCCUCUCUGAGGACCCCAGAAUGCUGGCAGAGGCUCAGUUAUUUGCACCAACUGCGAUGGACUUAAAAACGUAAAUGAACAAUUUGGGAAUGGCUCUCUUGUCCCAUGGUGUGAUAAAGAGCUGGGGUAGUAGAGGGCAAAGUGAAUGGCGGAGCAUGCUGGGGGACAAGCCUAGGACCAGGAGAACAGUGACCAAACCUGCCCCGUGCAGCAGAGCUUACUCCAUCCGCAGCACCAAGGGCUGCAGCUUCAGCUGAAACUCUCCCAAAGUGGCUUUCACAACAGAGAAUGUAACAAUGAUGAAGCCCAGCUGUUGCUGACAAUGACAUCCAGGCUCUGCUUGGCUUUUCUAAGGAGGGCACGGCACUUAAGGUUCAUUUUUGGAUUGUAUUUUGCUACUUGCUUCCAGCAUUUUUCCCUGGUAUUCCACUGUUUUCAUGCUCUCAGGCUCUUGGUCGUACAACCACUCUGCACCAUUCGUCUCAGUUCCUUCUGCACUUUUCAACGCUUGUUACAGACCUCUGCCAAGAAACCUGAUAAUUUUCUUUCCCAUUUAAGGGAAAGGAUUUUGGACUAUAAAAGAAAUCUCCAUUAUAUCUUAAGUGUUUCUGUGCCGGAAAGAAAAUCCCUGGAAACUAAGGGAAUCCUUAAAGGGGCAUAAUAGGAAGCACUGGAACUGAGACAGCUCAGUGUAUGACAGCCUUUCCCACUCGUAAGAGCAAGCACAGGGCCCUGGGGCUGUGAGAACAAUAUGGGUUAUUGUUACAACUUCUAACUCAAUUUAGGAUAUGAAAACCAGCAUCCCUCAGCAUCAGGAACUGGCCAAAGCUCAUGAGCCACCAAAGCCGCUGUGCCACUCUGCUGGAAACCCAUUGUUCCAAAUGCCAUUGCUGUGACAGCUGCAGGCUGGUUUAUGUGCAAGGAGCCUCUCUUUCUCACAGCCAUUAGUUCACUGUGACUGGUACAAUGAUGUGAAUCAGCCUCUUCUCCUGCUUCAAAGGAUGGACAGGAGAUGCCCGACUGCUGUGCGGUGUGGGUGUUUGUGAAGAUGUGAUACUUUUCCUUAUGCAGGCAGAGGAGGCACUGCAGAGGGACGUUGUCACGUCUAGGCUCAGCCUGCUUUGCUGUCAUAAAAUUGCAGAAUCAUCAAGGUUGGAAAAGGCCACUAAGAUCAUCAAGUCCAACCAUCAACCCAUCACCACCACAACACGUAUGGCCGUGCUGUGGUCAUGUUGUGGUCUGAGAAACAGUGCCUUCCACACUCUUCUGCCUGGCAGGUUAAAUCCAGGGCUGUAUAUACCACUGCCUAUGAGCCCAGGGGAGCACAUUUGUGUCAUACUCUGCGCAUUUCCCCUUAAGUACUUGAGGUUUAAAGUAUUUCCUUGUCAAUAAUGGCUAUAAUACGCAGAGAGGAAGAGGGUUUGCCACGGGCUGCAUUCAGGCAUUUGGCUGGCUCCAUAGGCUGUGGAAAUAACAAACCAUAAAUAAAGUUUGGAGAAGCUCAGGGUACAAAAAUAUCAAUCAAAAGGAAUAUCUAAAGCAAGAGCAGGUUAGAUAACCUUGGAGAAGGGAGAGCAGACAGCACAUUUCUGCAUCCUCAGGCCUGCACUGCCCCUUGCUGACAAACUCGCUAGCCGUGGAACAAGAAGUGCUGCAGAGAACGGACAUCCUGGGGCUGGGAAUGUUCUCUCCUCUCAUCCAGGCUCCCUGAUCACCACAGGCACAGCCAUCUGCAGGGUGCCCUCCUGCAGUUCUACCUGACGCUUGAACAUGAUCCUUCAACACUCGCAAGGAGGAUGUGGAAGGGUGAACAGUGUGGGAGCAGUGCUUCCAUGCUGCCCUUUUUUGUCCCCUCUCCAUGGCUGGUUCCCUGGCCUCUCGCCAGUCCAUGUGAGUGACAUGGGCAGUGUAGCAAGAGUGAUGUGGAAAGAUACAAAUGGCUUGCAAAUAAAAAUGAAUUGCUUCUCUCCCAGUGAUUUAGCUGUAUUGAAUCUGAUGCAUGUCCCUGUAUUAGGCUACUUGUCAUUUUCCCUCCAACCAUUCUCUUCGUGCAGAAGAGUGGCCUCCAUUUGUCACAACAGGAGAUAAUGUGCCCUGGAUGCCAGUGCUAACAAACAAAUAACCUGCUCUCAUACAGCACUGCCAGCUGGAAGUUUCAAGGCACUUUGUAACCAUUAACAGAUUUAGCUUCACAGCCCUGAUCAGGAAUUUUCAUCUCUAUUGUAAGAGGAGUAAAGUAGGGUCUAGGGGUGAAACUAGAAGUGAAAGUAAGAGGAGAACCAAAGUGCUCUGGAUACUGAUUGUAGGUUUUCUUGGGUUGGGGGAGCUACUUCAGCAGAGGUGGGAUUAGACUUGUCGACGGGAUUUAUUCCCAAAUUUUCCCUCACCUCCACACUGAGUGAUUUUCUAUGCCUUAAUUUCCCCAACUGCAGAAGGAAGGCAGUGACUCACUUCUCCUUAUAAGAAAGAAGUCUGAAAAAAAAAAAAAAACAAAACAAAAAAAAAACCUCGUUGAGAUUUCAGAAGGUCAUCUCUAAAACAGAUAUGGACAUUCAAAUACCACAAAUAAUAGCAUAACAGUGAUAUUGCAUACACUAGGCAAUGGGAGGCAGGUGGGGGUAAGUGGAGGAGCAUAUGAAGUAGGGAGAAGCAGCACUGGGAUCCUUUUUCUCAAGUUAAUCACAUAGACACCAGGUUCAUGGUUUAGAAACCUCAUAAUAAGAACUGUCACUACAGAGUCCAAGAGGCACGACCAACCAUUGCAAAGGGGAGAAAAGGCUAACAAGCAGAGCUUGUUACCUCUGCCGUGUACCUCUGCUACACCCACCUACACAGGUGAGCUGCAUUAAGUGGUGCUAAUAUACCCAUUAAAUAAUGCUAAUGAAGGUGCAGGCUCCUGCUGAGACCCAUUUUCCCUUCUUGGAGGGGAAGGAGAAUAGAGUGCUAGCAGAAUACUUUGAAUGCUCUGUUUUCUGGUUAGCAGAUGCUCUGUUACUUAGAGAUCCCUGAUCAGAAAUCCAUUAUUAUUCCUCCCAUCUUUAUCUGCAAAUACGUGUAACAAUUUCAAGCACAGGCUUUCCCUUUGAUGAGAGAUUGCUGGUGUGAGAUUGAUACCCCAACUCACUCCUUGCAUGAAGAUGUGCAGCUUCACAGAGCUCAGCUGCUCCUAGCUCAGCAAGCAGGGCCUAGAAAGCCAUAACAGCCCUGCUGGGCUUAUCAGCACUCUGCUUGUUUUUCUCCUGGCACCAAUCCCUGCUCCUGCUUUCGCGGAUGAUACCACCGGGAGCUGGAGGAUGGUGAGAAUAGUCCUACUGCUACGGAAGGAUGCUGCAGCUCUCCCCUUGGUUUUAGGUCUGGUCCAGGCGCUUCAUCCGCUGUAAAUCAGCCCCGGGGCGGCAGGGCCAGGUCAGGAAAGCGUUAACCUUCCCUGCAAUGCUGCAUCCCAGCUCACGGUGGAGCUGCCUUCCUCUCUUCCACCCCCAACUUCCAAUUCACUCCAAACAACUCCGGGACAGAAUUGCAGGGAAAAGCCGGAGGUUCAGACUAGACUUGUUGAUCUCCGUUUUGAGGCAGCAGAAGGAAGUACCAAAGCUUUCGUUUGUGUCUUCACCAAGAGAAGGCUGGGGGAAGGGGGCAGAUGCGGCUUCGGAGUUGACGGCGAGCAGGAGCGAGGAGCUGCAACCGAGGGAAGGCCUUGGAAAGCUUCCUGCCGAGGGAUCCGAUUUACCUCGCUUCCCUUCCCCCCGCCCCCCGGGCUCCGUGGCCAGAUCGGAGCGCGGCCGCCAUCCCUCCGCCUCGAGGCUGCCCGCGGGGGGAUGCGAGCGGGGCCAUCCCGGCUGCCCGCUCCGCCGCACGAUGUAGCCGCCCUCGGUCCCGCACAGCUCCGCGUCACCUCGCUGGGAGCCCGCAGGAGGAGCUCUGGGGCAUGGAGGGGAAGGAGAGGUGAGGAGAGCCGGCCCCCCGCGUGCCCUGCCCCACGCCGCACCUUGGAGCAUCCAGCCUGAGGGGGACCAGAGAUGCCUCUGGGGAUGAAUAAGCAUGGAUCUCGCUCUACUACCUCUUUGCCUCCGGACCCCACGGAGAUCGUCAGGAGCAAGGCCUGCUCCCGCAGGGUCAAGCUCAACGUGGGGGGGCUGGCCCAUGAGGUUCUCUGGCGGACCUUGGACAGGUUGCCACGGACCAGGCUGGGUAAGCUCAGAGACUGCAACACACACGACUCCCUCAUGGAGAUCUGUGAUGACUACAACCUGGAGGAGAAUGAGUAUUUCUUUGACAGGCACCCCGGGGCAUUCACUUCAAUCUUGAACUUCUACCGUACUGGCAAGCUGCACAUGAUGGAGGAGAUGUGCGCCUUGUCCUUCAGCCAAGAGCUGGACUACUGGGGGGUGGAUGAGAUCUACCUGGAGUCCUGCUGCCAGGCCCGCUACCAUCAGAAGAAGGAGCAGAUGAAUGAGGAGUUGAAGAGAGAAGCUGAGACAUUGAGGGAAAGGGAAGGGGAGGAAUUUGAUAACACUUGCUGCGCUGACAAAAGGAAAAAGCUCUGGGACCUACUGGAGAAGCCCAACUCCUCCGUAGCUGCCAAGAUUUUGGCAAUCAUUUCCAUCAUGUUUAUUGUACUAUCUACAAUUGCCUUGUCCCUUAACACACUUCCUGAACUACAAGGCAUGGAUGAAUUUGGGCAGACCACAGACAAUCCUCAACUUGCCCAUGUGGAAGCAGUGUGCAUUGCAUGGUUUACAAUGGAAUACCUCCUGCGGUUCCUAUCCUCGCCUAAGAAAUGGAAGUUUUUCAAAGGCCCACUGAAUGCUAUUGAUUUGCUAGCUAUCCUACCAUACUAUGUCACUAUCUUCCUCACAGAAUCCAAUAAAAGUGUACUUCAGUUCCAAAAUGUACGACGAGUGGUCCAAAUAUUUCGGAUUAUGAGGAUACUCCGGAUUCUAAAGCUUGCCCGGCACUCAACGGGUUUACAGUCCUUGGGGUUUACACUGAGGAGAAGUUACAAUGAACUUGGCUUACUCAUCUUGUUUUUGGCUAUGGGCAUUAUGAUCUUUUCCAGCUUAGUGUUUUUUGCAGAAAAGGAUGAGGAUGAUACAAAAUUCAAGAGCAUCCCAGCUUCUUUCUGGUGGGCAACAAUCACCAUGACAACAGUAGGCUAUGGAGACAUCUACCCCAAAACACUUUUAGGUAAAAUAGUAGGAGGACUGUGCUGCAUUGCUGGAGUGCUGGUGAUUGCUCUUCCUAUCCCAAUUAUUGUCAAUAAUUUCUCUGAGUUCUACAAAGAGCAGAAGAGGCAAGAGAAAGCCAUUAAGCGCAGAGAAGCUCUUGAAAGGGCAAAAAGGAAUGGUAGUAUCGUCUCCAUGAACAUGAAAGAUGCAUUUGCCCGUAGUAUAGAACUUAUGGACAUUGUGGUUGAAAAGAAUGGAGAAAGCAUAGCCAAAAAGGAUAAAGUUCAGGACAAUCAUUUAUCUCCCAACAAAUGGAAAUGGACCAAGAGAACGCUCUCUGAAACUAGCUCUAGUAAAUCUUUUGAAACUAAGGAACAAGGAUCUCCAGAAAAAGCUAGGUCAUCUUCAAGCCCCCAACACCUGAAUGUCCAACAGCUAGAAGACAUGUAUAACAAAAUGGCAAAGACUCAGUCACAGCCAAACCUUAACACUAAAGAGUCAAGUCAACCUGGAAAGCAAAAGGAAGAGCUAGAAAUGGAGACCCUUCCAGGCCCUAUGGUGCCCUUGCUGACAACUCGCGCCGAUGGGAUAAUUGACAUGAGGAGCAUGUCCAGUAUUGACAGCUUCAUAAGUUGUGCUGCAGAGUUCCCUGACUCUGGGAGAUUUUCCCACAGCCCGCUUGCUACUCUUCCCUGCAAAGGUGGCAUUAAUGUGAUUCAGGAGCAGAGCAGAGCGGAAGGGAGCAGUGCCAGAUUUGCAGAAAUAAACCCAAGCUCUGAAGGCAGCCACCGUUCUGCUUUUUUCAUAGAAAGUCCAAAAAGCUCCAUAAAGGCCAGUAACCCUUUAAAACUAAGAUCUCUGAAAGUCAACUUCAUGGAGGAGGACACCAGCACAUUAGUACCAGCAUCAAAUGUCCUGAGAAUAUAUCCAGACACUCUCAAGAGCAGGGGAGCUGCUGCUGCCACUGUCACAGAUACUUCCUUACUCUCUGACAGAUCUCUCAUGAGCCCAGAAACCUCCAUCUACACAACUGCAAGUGCAAGAACACCUCCAAAGUCACCAGAGACACAGACACCCAUAGCUUUCAACUUCCAUGAUGCCGGUAUUCACAAAUACAUAGAUGCUGACACUGAUGAUGAAGGUCAGCUGCUUUAUGAUUCAAGUCCUCCUGGAAAUGUGAGUCCUAAAUACAAUGUAACAAACAUUGGUUAUCUAAAGCAAAAGGACAAUGUUUAUAGAACAGAGAAGAACCAUCUAGAAGCUGCUGCUUUACCCACCUCCCCUAAGCUAAUAGGACAAAACUGCAUUUACUCUAUGGAAGGUAUCACUGGAAGAACCCAGGGCAAUCAGGAGACUGUCAGACUAGAAAAUCACAUUUCCCCAGAAGUCCAUGUAUUACCAGGCAGUGGAGGACAUGCUAACACACAUGAUCAAAGCAUCUGAACAGGCUCCAAAAGAACUUACUGAAAGUUUAAAGGAAUGUCCUUACAGUCAACACAAAAAAAAAAAAAAAAAAAGAGCUUCUGCAUGGCAUGAACUUGGCUGAAACAAGCC